CCUCCUCGCCUCCAGUCUCGCGUACACCCCAACUUCAAUUGUCUUUCGACAAGACCAAUGCCACUCUUGGCGUCGACAUGCCUCUUGCCCACUUCUAUAGCGAUCUGCCAUCAGGCAGUGACUGUUCGUCCGCAGCUGUGUGGUGUAGCCCUUCACGCUGUUCUUUGCAGGCCACAUUCUAGUAGCUUCUGUGGUGGUACAAUUACUGACGGGUUGCUGAGUGCUAUGACUUCUUCCAAAGCUUCUCGCGUCUUUGUAUCCAUCGUUUCAAUGCACUGCGCAUCACACACAUCAGUCAGCUCAAGCGCAUACGCCACUUGGACAUUCUCUUCGUCCGCCGCAAGCAAGUCCGUCGGUGGAGCCUGGCGGCCGCAAAUUGCAGACCUGACUUAAAUCCGUCACGCGGGAGAGUCGCUAAGUGGGCCGGGGAGAACUCAGAAAAUGUACUCCCGCUUUCUCGUUCGAAUUUCAUGCCAUUCAGAUCUGGAGAACAAGGUCACGCCCGUGUCAUAGAAGCACCUACAGAAUUUCAUCGCAUGUUCUCGGCCCUCUCUAUCUGCUUCAACCCACGCGGUCUACUUGAUAGGAAGCGUCCUACCACUACAGUUCCAUUUCCACCCUAUGAUGCCGCUUACGCACAGCCCCCCGCUCCUCUAUCUUGUACAAGCACACCGCUAAAUCAAGAAUGGCUGCUUUGAUAUCGAUCCCGCAUACUGGCGAAGAAGAAGUAGAGCAUGUAAAUAAUCAACAUUCUGCGAAGGGCUUCAAGAGGAAGGUUCUAAACUGGGGUGGGGUCACAUCUGAGACCAAGAAACCGAUCGAUCUCAGAAGGAGAAGACCCAGGAACAUACCAUGGUUAUUCAAGGACCUACAAAUAUCCAACCAUUUUUUCAACCCUUUCUAUCGCCCCUAUCGAGCGCCCUGCAACUGCAGACAACGACACGAUCCCUUUCCCGUCUUUCGACCGCAAGGUCGUGAACAGAGCUCCUUGUUAGCUUCUACACAUAUUCGCAUACUUCCCCAGACAUCGUGA